AUGCUCCAAACCCUCCGAUCCAUAUUCUACCAAAGAAAAAGAGCCAUGGAUCCCCUGAUAGUAGUCCUCGGUGCCACAGGCACCGGCAAGUCGAAGCUCGCAGUAGAUAUAGCCUCCCGAUUCAACGGCGAAAUAAUCAACGGAGACGCAAUGCAAAUGUACCGCGGCCUCCCAGUAAUCACGAACCAAAUCCCCAUUGAAGAACGCAAAGGCAUCCCGCACCACCUACUAAGCUUCAUCGAACUAGACUCAGAGCCGUGGCGCAUCAGCAAAUUCAAAAAUGAAGCCCUACGGCUCAUUGACGAGAUUCGUUCUCGCGGGAAACUGCCUAUUCUUGUCGGCGGCACACAUUACUAUACACAGGCUGUUCUGUUCCGCGACCAACUCGUGAAUGAAAAGGUGGGCGACGAGGAUGGAUCAGAGCUGUAUGAAGAGGUAUCGGUAACAGCGGAGAAAUGGCCGAUUCUAGAUGCGCCACCGGAAGUAUUGAUGGAAAAGCUACGGGAAGUUGAUCCUGUCAUGGCGGCGCGGUGGCAUCCUAAGGAUGUGCGGAAAAUCCGCCGGUCAUUAGAGAUCUACUUCCAAACGGGACAGCGAGCCUCUGACAUCUACGCUGAGCAGAAGGCGUUGAAAAAAGUGUCUCUUUUGCAGGAUCGAGGACUUUUGCGGUUCAGUAACACUUUGCUCUUUUGGGUCCAUACCGAAAAGGAAGUUCUCGAUAAACGACUUGAUACGCGUGUCGACGCUAUGGUCCAGCAAGGGUUGAUGUCCGAGGCGCAGAAGAUGUCCGACUACAUCCAGACUCGAGCGGCACAGGGAGUUGAAGUUGAUCAGACCCGUGGCGUAUGGGUCUCGAUCGGGUUCAAAGAAAUGGCACCGUACUUCACAGCGCUGGAAAAAGGUGAAUCGAGUCAGGAGCUGACGAAAAUCCAACUCAAUUGCUUCGACCUGAUUCGGAUUGCGAACCACCAGUACGGCGUAUCGCAGGUCAAGUGGAUUAAAAAUAAACUAUGGCGAGCUCUCUCUGAAGCAGACAUGACACAUCGUCUCUAUCUCCUCGAUAGCAGCGAUGUGGAUGAAUGGACUAAACGUGUUGGCGAGCCAUCUGAAAGGUUGGUUGAGUCAUUUCUUCAGGGCGAGUCAAUACCUCAUCCAAAAACUAUCUCGGAUCUUGCGAGUACUAUCCUUGGUGCCAAAGAAGAGCAGACGCGCGAGAAACCGGUGUCGCAGCUUGAGACUUUUACGUGUGAUAUUUGCAGAAAGACUAUGGUUGGUGAGGAUACGUGGAAUACCCAUAUAAAUGGGUACAAACAUAAGGGGGUUCUUAAGUCUAGAGCGAAGAAAGAGGCUAGGGAUGCUUAUUUCCGGAAACGGGAUCUUGAAGCCCAAGAAGCGGCUGCAUCUAGUGCUGAAAAUCAACUAUCAUAA